AUGAAUGGGAGACAAGCAACUGCACAGGGACUUGGAAAUCCAAACCAGCUGCUCCCAGUCAACGGCGGCAUGGUUCAGCCCACCGCUCCUGGAGGUCCACCACAACCUUCGCAGAUGGCCUAUGGCGGCGGUUAUGUCCCCCAGCCAAUGCCACAAGGUGUCAUGACAAGACUUGUACCAGGCCCCGGUGGUCUCCCAGGUCCCCCAAGCGCACAACCACUCUACUACCAAGCUGGACCAGGCGUCGCACGGCCCAUGGUCGCCGGUCCUGGUCAGUUACAACAUAUGCAAGGUGUACCACCUCCGAUGAAUGCUGGUGCGCAGCCCCCAGGUGGUCCCCAAGUCCGCUAUGCGCCGCACCCGCAGGCAAUGGGCCGGGGAAUGCCAGGACCAAUGCCAGGAAUGCAGAGACCCCCCCAGCCAGGCUCAUAUCCAAUGGGCAUCCCAAUGGCCUCUAUGCCACCAGGAAUGAGAGCAUUUCGCGGUCCACAAUCAAUGCAGCCUGGAACAUCUGUAAUGACCAUGGGCGGUCCUCCUGGCCCUCAUUCCAUGGCUGGUCAGCCCGUCAUGCUUCCUCCAGGCUAUGGUCCACCACCCGGUGGGAUGCCCCCGCAAGGACAACCCGUCAUGAUCCAGCAAUCGCCACGAAAGCAACCGGGUCCAAUGACCGCCUCGAGUCCUCGAAAUGCGAGUCCACAUGCUGGAAAUGCCAGUACUGUGGCGACACCCGCCAGUGCAGGCACACCUGGCUCACGAAUGGCCCGAGCACCUACCCCAACGGGCCGACCUGGGACAGCGACACAACCACCACAAAGCCAGACUCCUCGAAUGCAACAUGUCGACCUGCAGAACUCCGUUCAGCCAUCUCCACAAGCAUUACACCGUGUCGCGUCGAUGCCUAGCAUGUCCAUGACAGGACCCCCUCCACCAGGAGGUGUCAACCCGGCCUAUUUCAGAACUACGCCUGCGCAGGCUGUAGGAGACCAGCAGAUGAACCCCCAACCGACAAUGGGCCCCGGUGCUCAAGGACCGAUGGACGGUGUGCGAUACACGAGUUUACCUCCACAUCCUGGUGCAUCUGGUCCAGUCUCUAUGCAACCCCAAAUGCAACCGGGACCACGAAUGGUCCCGGGACACCUUGGCCAGCCGACUCCGCUUCAGCCUCAGCUGACGGGGGAUGCGCAACCGCUCAUCUCACAACAUACCGGAGGUUCGCUAGGAGGUCCUCCUCCGCUUACACCUCAGCAUACGGGCGGGGCGGGUUAUCCACAGGGUUCAUCGGGCGUAGGAGGACAACCACCACCACCUCAACCAACGACGGCUGCAAGGUCUUCGGCUACGUCGACACCGAAUAUCCGACCGCAGUCUACGGCACCUCAUAGCGCUAAUGAGGCUAUGGAUGAGGUGUCGACUAUUACCGAGAUGAACUUUCAGAGCAUACAUGGAGGAUCGCCAAAUCUCCGUCUUCAGUUUGGCACAAUGCGUUUACUACAGUUUAGCAAGGCGAUCAAUAGCAACAAGGAUCCACGGUCAAUUCCUGGCCGUGACGAGUCGUAUUGGCCCAGGCUGCUCGCGGAUCACUUUACGGAAGAUGCUAGCCUUCGAAUACGAGUCCAAGAUCCCAGCAAGCCCAGCACAAACGCGUUUGUGAGACUUCCAUACGGGUUAUUGAUUCGUUUCUUUACAACCUUGUCCCAAUCGGAGAUUUACCGAAUGUCGCUCAACCUCGACGGACCGGCUGAGACUCAGGACAAUUAUGUCACUUGUCAAACUGCUCGGUGGCCAAUGCACUACUCGAAUGGGUAUAUUAUAGAACUUGUCGGGCAGCUUCGCGCAAAGUGCAAAACUGUUCCGAUGCUGCCUCAACGUCCACCAGACGAUUCCUCGCCCGAGUUGGAGGCAGGACGUGCACCGAUACCGUACAUGGUCAAGAUUGAAGAAAUGAUCUUUGACUCGGCGUAUAGCUCCAAGUACAUCGACAUCGACCUAUUGCGACAGCAAGCGUAUGGCUACGACCCGAAGACGGCGAGAGCCGACGCGCCACCGGCGGAGUGCAAGAUUCCGGAAGAGCCGCCAAAUUCGCAUGGUUUACCUAGUAUGGCAAUGCGAAUGGUUGAAUUCGCAGAGGGUAUGCAUGCUCUUGUGCCUAUUAUACAACACGAAGGCAACUUUCACAUUCCGCCAAGUCACGCUAUGCGAGAAUUGGCGCAGAGUGUCAUGAUGGAUCACCAUUCGUUUAUGCACACAAUGGCCUAUUCGGUACCGUUGCCUGAAGGGAGUGAGGGUUAUGUCUCCGCCUCGGAUCCGACAAUCGGCUUUGGUCACUUUCCGAAAAAGGAGGAUCCGUACAUGGACCUGGCGUCGGCAUCAACGAGCAAUAAUGCCAUGAGCAAUAGCACCCACUCAACACCGAACCAAAAACCGACUGCGGCGGGCGCAGGAGCGAGUACGGCUGCAGGUGCAGCUGCGGGGGCCUCUGUCAGCCCGACGAUUAGCUCCAAGCCACCGUCGGGUAAAAAAGGUGGUACCGCGCCUGGGUCGCCUACAAAGGCGUCGGCGGCUGAAAAGGAAAAAGCGUCGACGAAGCGCAAGAAUACGAUUGAUACCAAUCCUGAUGGGCCGCCAAAUAAGCGGUCGAGAGUGACGAGAAAGCCGUCGAGGGGCAUGUGA